AUGGUUCUACCAUCGAAUAACGGCUUAGUUGUACUGGUGUUAUUGGUAGCUUCUUCACCAAUUGGGGACGUAAUUGCAUUGACUAAUGAAGAUAUAUCAGACAGAAAACAAAUUUUCAAUGCCUUAGAUGAACAAAUGAGCAAUCAUGUUGAUGAAAUGGAACCUAUUGAUUUUUUGAAUCUCCAGCGAGAAUUUGAUGACACGCAAGAAGAACAAGAUAGUUUCCUUUAUGGACUACAAGAUAAAAACGAGAUUGAAGACAAGAGUGAGAUUAAUCCUUGGUGUAAUUUCAAGGAAACGAACAAGAAUAUGGAGAAUCAGAAUAAUUUAAUCAAUCCAAAGAUGGUCCCUACUAAGAACAAGGUGAUUUUCCUGUGA